AUGUGGCCGUUACCGGCCGGUCAAAGAGGGAGCUGUCGAUUGAGGAGAGCCAACCAUCGACGAUUGAAGAAGCUAACCAACGAAGGCGCAGACGGAAGACUGGAAGGUAUGACUCUGUACUUGUCCACUUACUCUCCAUGCCUAUCUACAGUGCCUGUGGCCGUUACCGGCCGGUCAAAGAGGGAGCUGUCGAUUGAGGAGAGCCAACCAUCGGCAGUUGGAGAAGCUAACCAACGAACACGCGGACGGAAGACUGGAAGGUAUGACUCUGUACUUCGUCCACUUACUCUCCAUGCCUACCUACAGCGCCUCUGCCCGUUGCCGGCCGGUCAAAGAGGGAGCUGUCGAUUGAGGAGAGCCAACCAUGGACGAUUAGAGAAGCCAACCAACGAACGCGCAGUCGGAAGACUGGAAGGUAUGACUCUGUAUAUCGUCCACUUACUCUCCAUGCCUACCUACAGUGCCUGUGGCCGUUACCUGCUGGCGAUGGGAGAACUGGCGAUUGAGGAGAGCCAACCAAGGACGUUUGUGGAAGCUAACCAAAGAAGGCGCAGAUGGAAGACGUAA